AUGUCUUUAGAUACUGUGUCGAUACCGGGCUACACGAUCCAUCGUGACGAGCCCAACGCUCCCUCUGCUCAAGUCGAUUAUUCACAAUAUACUCCUCAUCCGUUAGGCAAGUCACAUCCAAAGCCCUGGGUUUUCAAAGACCAACUCUCGGUGCAGGAAAUUCCUUUCGUGGCCAGACUGAUCCGGGAGUUUGCGGCGCCCAAGAAGCUCAAGUUCAACUGCAUCACGCUCCGUGAACCCCUCAAGAACGAAUAUGCGGCCUUCAAAUCAAAACGAGGGCCGCGGCCCGACCGCCGAGCCUUCGCCAUUGUGAUAGAGCAAGGCGACUCGUGCAAUGUCGCCGAGGUCGUGGUGAAUCUGACCAGGUCGAAAAUCGAGGACUGGAAACCGGUCAGCGACGUGAUGCCCACGCUCACCCUCGAAGAUCUGGACGUCAUGGAGCGAAUCGCCCGCACCGACUCCCGUGUGAUCGAAGCUUGCCGUGGCCUGGGCAUCACCGAUAUGUCCAAGGUCUUCUUUGACGCGUGGGCCAUCGGUGUGGACGAGCGCUGGGGCUUCGAGCGCCGUCUCCAGCAGGGUCUGGCGUACUACCGCAACUCCAAGUUCGACAACCAAUACGCCCACCCGCUAGACUUCUCGGUCACGGCAGACACGGAGCGGGAAGAAGUGCUGAGCGUUGACGUCCGGCUUGUCAACGGCGAGAGAACCCCGAUUCCUCUCGAAGAGCACAACUACCUCCCCGAAUUCAUCCAGAAGGGCUACCGUCCCGACGUCCUCAAGCCCAUCAACAUCACGCAGCCCCAGGGCGUCUCUUUCCGCAUGAGGGGCAACGAGCUCCACUGGGCCGGAUACAAGAUGCACAUCGGGUUCAACUACCGUGAAGGCAUCGUCAUCUCGGACGUCAGCAUGUUCGACCACCACGAACAACGCGACCGGACGCUCUUCAACCGGAUCAGCGUCGUCGAGAUGGUGGUCCCCUACGGCUCACCCGAGCGACCCCAUCACAAGAAACACGCCUUCGACGUCGGCGAGUACGGCACCGGACUGAUGUCGAACUCCCUCAAACUCGGAUGCGACUGCAAGGGGGCGAUCCACUACCUGGACGGCGUCCUCAACACGGGCAAAGGCGAGGCGGCGGUGAUCAAGAACGCCAUCUGCAUCCACGAAGAGGACAACGGCCUGCUGUACAAGCACACGGAUUUCCGAGACGGCACGGUGGUGUCGGCGCGGGACCGCAAACUCAUCGUGUCCCAGAUCAUCACGGCGGCGAACUACGAGUACGGGUUCUACCACACGUUCACGCUCGACGGGACGUACAAGCUCGAAGUCAAGCUGACGGGCAUGCUGAACACGUACUGCAUGCACCCGACCGAGCAGGCGGCGCCGUGGGGCACGCAGAUCGCGCCCAAGCUCAACGCCCAGAACCACCAGCACAUCUUCUCGCUGCGCGUGGACCCCGAGGUCGACGGGCCCAACAACACGGUCGUGCAGAGCGACGCCGUCCCGUCCGACGACCCCGUCGGGUCCGAGGCCAACUACUACGGCAACGGCUUCUACUGCAAGAAGACGCCGCUGAGGACCGCCCUGGAGGGCGCCGCGGACUACUGCCACGAGACGAGCCGGGCCUGGGACAUCGUCAACCCGUCCAGCGUCAACCCGGCGUGCGGGAAGCCCGUCAGCUACAAGAUCAUCAACAACUCGUGCCCCCGGCUGCUCGCCAAGCCCGGCAGCGUCGUGUACAAGCGCGCCGGGUUCGCGAGGAAGACGCUCUGGGUCGUCCCCUACCGGGACUACGAGCUCUUCCCGGCGGGCGACUACGUGUGCCAGUCCGCCGGCGACGAGAACCACCCCUUCAACUCGACCGUCGUCGACUGGGCCGCCAGGGACGAGUCCAUCGAAAACACCGACAUCGUGUGCUACGUCCAGUUCGGCCUGACCCACUUCCCCAGGACGGAGGACUUCCCCGUCAUGCCCGCCGAGCCCGUCAGCGUCAUGCUGCGCGCCGCCAAUUUCUUCAAGAAGAACCCCGGCCUCUGGGUCGCCCCGUCCGCCUUGUGUGUCGAUACCGCGUCCAGAGAUGCGUUUGAUGAGUCGUGUUGUGCCAUGAAACAGCUCAAGCUGUGA